CGCGCCGGGAGAGACCUAACCUGACGCAUGGCUGCUGGUUGCUCAGAGUCUCCGCGGCCGAAGGCGGCCUCCGAGGCGCCCGUGGUAGGAACAGGCGGCGUCCUGCCUUGCCUAGAGCUGCCCACCUAUGCUGCUGCUUGUGCUCUGGUGAACAGCCGCUACUCCUGUCUGGUGGCCGCGCCGCACCGGCGGCACAUCGCCCUGUCGCCCCGCUACCUUAACCGGAAACGCACCGGUAUCCGAGAGCAGCUGGAUGCCGAGCUCCUGCGCUAUUCCGAGAGUCUUUUAGGUGUCCCUAUUGCAUAUGAUAACAUCAAAGUUGUGGGUGAACUGGGAGAUAUAUAUGAUGAUCAAGGACACAUUCAUCUUAACAUUGAAGCUGAUUUUGUUAUUUUCAGCCCUGAACCUGGGCAAAAGCUUAUGGGUACAGUUAAUAAAGUGUCUUCUAGCCACAUUGGCUGUUUGGUACAUGGGUGUUUUAAUGCCUCAAUCCCUAAACCUGAACAGAUGUCAGUUGAGCAGUGGCAAACCCUGGAGAUAAACGUGGGUGAUGAAUUAGAAUUUGAAGUAUUUCGUUUAGACUCAGAUGCUGCUGGAGUAUUUUGCAUUCGAGGAAAAAUAAAUAUUGCCUGUUUGCAGUCCAAGCACCCUGAUGUUUCUGAAGAAGUAACAGAAACUCUAACUGAAGAAUCUGUUGAAAAAAUUCCAAAGAAAAAGAAAAAGAAAGAUCCAGAAAUUUAUGAAGUAAAUGAUGGUGCCACAGAGCCAUCAGAUUUUACAGGUAUCACUCCAAAGGAAGAGGAAGAGCUACAGGUUAGUAAUGACAUGAAUGGCCUCUGUGAGGAAGAGCCAAAGAAAAAGAAGAAGAAGAAGAAGCAGCAGCACCAGGAAGAUCAGGAUCCUAUUUUUCAGUGCAGUGACUCCAGUGGUUACCAAAGUGAUCAUAAAAAGAAAAAAAAGAAAAGAAAACAUAGUGAAGAGGCUGAACUUACAGCAGUUCUGGAAUGCUCACCUAAGAAGAAACAAAAAAGUAAUUAGUGCAUUUUAAAUAGGAUAAGUUGAUUAAGGAUUUAUACACAGUAGAUGAGUACAUGUUUUGAAAAAUGUUUAUAUUGUACUGGGUGUGGUGGUACACAUUUGUAAUCCCAACUACCCAGGAAGCUGAG